AUGGCAAAGUUUUCAACGAGAUGUGUUAUUGCUUGUCUACUGACAAUUGUAAUGUGUGUGCUACAGUAUGAUCUAUUUUUUUGGAAUUUCAAAUUCAAGUGGUGGUUUGAUAGAGAUCAGAAGGUUCCGAAUAGUUUUGAUAAAAAGUUUCCAUCUGCAUUGAUAAUUGGAGUUCGAAAAGGAGGUACUCGAGCACUUCUCGAUGCGAUUGCUCUUCACCCGAAAGUCAAAAUAGUUCGAAGAGAAACUCAUUUCUUCGACUCAAACUACUCUCUUGGAUUCGACUGGUAUCGCAAUCAGAUGCCUGAUAUAGAGAAUGAAGACGAGAUUGUCAUCGAAAAGACGCCAGCCUACUUCACGAAUGAGAAUGUUCCUAAAAGAGUUUACGAAAUGAAUCCCAAUAUGAAAUUGGUUCUGAUCGUUCGUCAUCCGGUUUACAGAACUGUCAGCGAUUUCACACAGGUAUACUAUAACAAAUUGGAACAGAACAAGUCCCUUCCAGUUUUGUCGAUCGAGGCGUUCAGAACAAAUGAAGCUGGCCUUGAGACUAUCAAUAUGGAAUAUAAGCCGAUAACCAAUUCUCUUUACGAUGUUCAUAUUUCGAAAUGGCUCAAAUAUUUUAAAACUGAUAAUUUUUUAUUUGUGAAUGGAGAUGUGUUCCGAGCAAAUCCACUUCAUGAGUUACGGCGAGUUGAAGAAUUUCUUGGACUGGAAAGGUCAAUAACACCGAAUCAGUUGGUUUUUGAUUACAAUAAAGGAUUCUUUUGCUUCCGAAAAACGACGAAGAUUCGGUGUUUGGGGCAAUCUAAAGACUGA